ACGAUUUUUGGCACGCUGCAUAACGGUUGCGUCGCCACGCGAGAAACCGCCUCUUAUCGGCAUGCCCAAGGGUGGGCUGUUCGAAAUAAUGCGGUUACCUCGUUUCGGGGUCAUUCCUUUGCCAAGCUAAUUGCGUGGAGCAUUUCACAAGCAGUCAACCGAGAGCAUCGUUCGAAUUGAGAGUAAAUGCAGAAUGUUGACUAUUGGACCAUGCAUUGUCGACGGCAAAUCAGAAAGCACUCUCAAAUUCGAAUCAGUCAGUUCUUGGAGCUCCCCAAAUAGCUGGGGCUAGCCGUUGUGCGAAAUACAUUGCGCAAUAUUACAGAAGCGGAGCGUGUGAUUGGGAGAGAGUGUAGCGGCGAAUAACGACGCGUCUCUUCUUUCCUCCGAUGACCGGCGCAUGCAGUUGCGCUCUGACCGUAGCAGGUGCCGCGCCCGGCUGCUGCGAUACUGGCCGCAUUAGAGGGCCCGCGCGCGAUCGGGCGACGCGCCGGGAGGGAACAGCCGUAAAUGAGGAUGCCCGCUGGUCACCCGUUCGUGCGGUCGUCGCUGUGUGUCCGAUUCUGUCUGAAUGCUCUCUUGUGGUGCUUGUGCUUCGGGUGUGCUUGGUGCAUCUUCGAACCACGGCAACCGGACGCCUUUCGAACGCCGGCAGACCUGAUCCGCAGCAAGGGCUACUACUGCCAGGAGUUCACGGUCAUCACGCAGGACAGCUACGUGCUGUCGAUGCAACGCAUCCCACAUGGCCGCUGGGGGGCUUCCAUUCCUCCGCACAGGAGCCGGAAGCCACCUGUUAUAUUGGUGCAUGGAUUCUUAUCGUCAUCCGUCGAGUGGGUCGUCAACUAUCCUCACCAGAGUCUAGGCUUUCUCCUAGCCGAUGCCGGAUACGAUGUGUGGCUGGCCAACCUUCGAGGAACGCCGUAUGCUCGGCAACACCUUCAUCUCACGGAGAAAGAUACGGAAUAUUGGAACUUCGGGCUCGAUGAAGUGGGCCUCUACGACAUCCCGGCGCUGGUCGACUACGUUCUCGCCUGGACCGGAUGGAGCGAGCUUUUUUACGUGGGAUUCUCGCAGGGCAACGCGGCCGCCUGGGUCACGCUGUCGGAGAUGCCGGAGUACAACGACAAGAUUCGACUGCUUUUGGCCUUGGCGCCCAUCGGCAACGUGACUUACCUGAGAAGCCCCGCUAGGCGUAUUACGUCUUGGUCUCCGUUUCUCACGGCUGCCUUGGUGAAGCUGAACCGCGGCCGAGUGUUGGUGCGUGAGCCCAGCCUCCGGCACGCAUCGUACACCGUGUGCGACACCACGACGCAGAUGCGCUACUUUUGCUCCACGCCCGGGUUCUACUACCUCGGCGUUAACCACAACCAACUGAAUGUGACAAGAUUACCAGUGUAUAUGGCCCACUACCCUUCCGGAGCUUCGCAGAAAAACAUGGAGCAUUUCUUUCAGAUUAGGAGAGCGAAGCAGUUCCGCAAGUACAGCUACGGUGUGUGGGGAAACCUGGAGCGCUACGGCCACCCCGUGGCACCAAGGUACGACUUGUCGCGCGUCAGGGUUCCUGUGGCCAUGUUCUCCAGCCUGGCAGACUACCUGGCGCCACCCGAAGACGUGGCCGCCCUCCGUGCCAACUUGUGGCACGUGCUGGUUUACGACUACGUUGUGCCUGACCCUAACUUUUCCCACCUGGACUUCGUGCUUGGUUUUCGGGUCUACGAUAUCCUGUACAAGCCCAUGAUUGAGCUACUGGACGUGUGGAGUCGGGACUACCUCCUAGUUUAACAGCUCACUGCACCGUGAACCUCGUCAGCAAUCCAUCCCACUGUGAACAGGAGUGAACAGCACGCUGGCGUGCUAAAAGAACGAUGUCAUUUGUUUGUUCCGGCGGGAAUAUUCAGCGGACGUGCAUUUUGACUGUGUAGUGUGCAAUGGUUCGGUGUUCGUAAGCAAGCACGGCCUUCCACGUAAAGCUGUGGCACUUCAAGUGCUGUGAACAUGUGGGUAGCCAUCGAGUGGUGCAGCCCCGGACCCGCGCCACGGGUUGGGAGUCUUCCAGGCAAAGUAAGCUUCACCACCAAGCGUUGCGUCACCGCUCUGAAGCCCGCCUGUCCCCUGUUUAUAAACCGGAUGGUGGCCGGCCGGCACUGCGAAUCGAACCCGGUAACUCCUGUAGUUUAAUGCAGCUUAAUGUGUGCGCAUCAUGGUGUUCAUUACCAGGUGAGGUCACGUCGUUCUCGUUAUUUAUAUUAUGUUAAGGAACCUCCGGUGGUCAAAACUUUUUUUCACAAUCUUCCCAUCGCAUGUAUGUUUCUAAAUGACAUUGCGGCUAAUUUAGGAAAACUCAGGAAUUACGUGAAUGUUUUUGUUGGCAACGUAUUCUUCAAAUGAUGAAUUGAGAAGGGCCGAAGAACAAGCCACAAUAAAAUAAUAAAUAAGGCUUCAGUACAAGCUA